AUGAUGAAUAUGAUGAACACAUUGGAUCACCGACCGCUUGGUCGGAUGGAGACGAUAGACGGUCCAGAGGGGGCGGAGCUUCCCCCGACGUCUUCCACGUCUUCUGAAGCUAAAGGCAAAGGGUACUACUAUUCAAGUACUGCUACAGAAGAGGUGCCGGAGGAGAAGAUUCGCCAGAAGACGUUCGAUCCGUCGUCCGCACCGCAGCCACCAAAAGCACCGCCGAUUCUCCCGAAUCGCGAGUUUGACCCCAACUUUUCAACAGUGACCGAAAACAAAGGAUGGGACAUAUUUCGACUGUUACCCCCGAAACCCGAUCGAAUUGGACAUGGAUUCUGGCACGACGCAAGUCUGCAAGUACUAAAACUGGCCACAUUCGUCGUGCUCUUCUUCCUGACACUCGGCUCGGCGGUCAUCGCGAAAUCCACGUUCAUUCUGAUGACGUCGGCCAUCGGAUGGGGUGGACAAACGAUAACAAUCUGUAAUCAAGUCAUCUCAGAAGCCAAUCAAAACACUGUCCGACUCAAAAACGCCCAUGUCGUCAAAUGGGUGUGGGCGACACUGUUGGCGCUGUCCGCGCCGGAAGCGUUGUGUUUUGUGAGAUCAAUGCACCGAACAAUGUUCCGCAACGUGAAACGCCCAACAUUCAUCCAGUUCGUCUUCGUGCUCAUCGUCGAGACCCUUCACAGCAUUGGCGUCGGAAUUCUCGUCUUCCGAAUAUUUCCAGACUUGGAUGCAGUCACGGCGGUCCAGUUGACCAACGCAAUGUGCUUUGUGCCCGCAAUUCUGUCGUUGAUCAGUCGGAAACCGAGUAAACUUUCGUUGGUUCUUGUUAUCAUCGAUAUUGCGGCGAUUGCUGCACAGUCCAGUGGAUUUUGGGCGUAUCCGAUGUUCAUGCCAAACCUCCAAAAGCACUCGAUCGCCAUUCCCGUCUCCCUCACACUGAUCUCUUUGGCUUGGUGGCAAAACUUUGUGCAUCGAGACUCGGUGUUCCCACCGGUUAGGACCCUGGCUAAAUUUGCCCAACGCCUCUCAGAACGUCGCUCCAAAACUUACGCAUUCGUGUCCCUCUGGAAAAUCUGUGUCUACGUCGUCUGUUGUUUUCUGUUUGUCUCGAGUCGAAUGAAAAUCGAGGAUAUGCUCCAAAAAGACCCAUUCGGCGAGAAGUUGCUUUCCGUCGCCGGACACGACAUGAAUCAAACGCAAAUCGAGAAAUUCCAGACGAGAAUUAAUUUGAUGAUCGAGCAAGCGAAUCGGGAGGCCGGCUACUAUUCGGGACCACAGAGCAAACCGAAACCACCGAAGAAGCAGCCGAAAGCGGAAGACGCGGAGCAAGUGGAUGCAGGGGAGUAUAUGAAGAGAUUAAGGAGGGCUACGGUAGAUGAGGGAGCAGAGGAGGAGGAGCCACCCGCAGAAGAAGAGGAAUUUUCGAGUUAUAAUAUCUACUCCAACUACGUCGAACGGAAUCAACUCACAAUGGCGUAUGACGCUUUGUGGCUUGUCAUCUUCCAGUUCGGCGCCGUUUUCGUCUGUUAUCACAGCUCGAAAUUCGCGUGUAAAGUAAUGAUGCAACGAAUGGGAUUCGCCCUCCCAAUGGCGCUCUCCGUGCCAGUUACCGUACUCCUCAUGUCGACGAACUGUCGAAUGAGAGCCAAGGAUCCAUGUCAUCUGACCAAUGUGCUCACCGUUGAACUGUUCUGGCAAUGCAACGGCGCUCCAUUGACAUUUGCUGAUUUCAUUUUGACACCACAGACGUGGAUCUGGUUGUGCUGGUUGGCAUCGCAAUUCUGGAUUACGAUACAUUUGUGGAAUCCGAAACAUGAACGAUUGGCGAAGAGUGAGAAACUCUUCAUCCUGCCCUACUACAUCGGCGCGUUCGUCGACCAAUCGCUGGCAUUCAACCGUCGCCGCGACGACAAAGCGAAAAUCAAAGCGGAAGAUUUGGAAUUCGACGCCGAGGACUCCUCACUGACCUACGAAACAAUACCAGGUCUUCAGAAUAAGACGACGCCGCCGAGUGUUUGCUCGGCGAGCAGCUCGAAAAUGGAGAACGGACUGAUUCGGGAUAGUGCGAGCUCGGCGGACGCGAUCACCAAGAUUUAUGCGUGUGCGACGAUGUGGCAUGAGACGGGAGUUGAGAUGACGUGUAUGCUCAAGUCGUUGUUCAGAAUGGACGAAGACCAAUGCGCCCGUCGAAACGCUCAAAAAUACCUAAAAGUCAUCGACCCUGACUACUACGAAUUCGAGGCGCACAUCUUUUUCGACGACGCCUUCACACAAAACGAGUACGGCGAACCAGAAAUCAACAAAUUCGUCAAGAAAAUCGUCGACGUCAUCGACCAAGCCGCGUCGGCGGUGCACCAGACUCAAAUGAGGUUGAAGCCACCAAAGAAAACGAAGACACCGUAUGGAGGAAAGCUGACAUAUAUCAUGCCGGGCAAGAAUAAGUUAUUUAUUCAUUUAAAGGAUAAUAAGAAGAUCCGGAAUAAGAAAAGAUGGAGUCAAGUGAUGUAUUUAUACUAUCUGUUAGGGUAUAGACUAAUGAUGAAGGUGGAUGACCCGUCGAGGAAGGAAAUUAUAUCGGAGAACACUUUUAUUCUUACGCUGGAUGGAGAUGUGGACUUCACACCGCAAUCUGUAUACCUAUUAGUGGAUCUUAUGAAAAAAAAUCGGCGAUUGGGCGCGGCUUGUGGACGGAUUCAUCCGAGAGGAGACGGCGCGAUGGUUUGGUAUCAGAAAUUCGAGUAUGCAAUUGGCCAUUGGCUGCAGAAAGCGACGGAACAUAUGAUUGGAUGUGUCAUGUGCUCGCCGGGGUGUUUUUCGUUGUUUAGGGCGUAUGCACUGAUGGAUGAUAAUGUGGCGAGGAGAUACGCGUUGACAUCGGAAGAACCAAAACACUUUAUCCAAUACGAUCAAGGAGAGGACCGCUGGCUGUGUACCCUCCUCCUCCAACGUGGAUAUCGUGUGGAGUACUGUGCCGCGUCAGACGCCCAAACAUUCGCUCCAGAAGGCUUCAACGAGUUCUUCAAUCAACGUCGUCGCUGGAUUCCAUCAACAAUUUUCAAUAUAAUGGAUUUACUAAAGGACUAUCGGAAUGUAGUUCGAGUCAACGAGUCUAUAAGCAUCUGGUAUAUUAUAUAUCAGUUGGUGAUGCUGGUCUCCUCGAUUCUUGGACCUGGGACUAUAUUUGUGAUGAUUAUUGGAGCGAUUAGUAUUUCUUUUACUAUCGACACCAUGAUAUCACUGGUCAUUGUCUCUAUCCCGGUUAUCAUCUUUAUAGUGGUAUGCCUCGUGUGCAAACCGGAGCACCAACUGAUUUGUGCUCAAACUAUUGGAGCAAUCUUCGCGAUGCUUAUGACAGCGGUUAUCGUGGGUACAUCGUUGCAACUUCAGAAAGACGGACUGCUCAGUCCUCAUUCUAUGUUUACGGUAGCUGUGGCAACAUCCUUUUUGACCGCCGCUAUCCUUCACCCUCUGGAAUUCACUUGCAUCAUUCCUGGCACCAUUUAUUUCCUGGCUAUUCCCUGUAUGUAUAUGUUGCUCCCGAUUUAUAGUGUAUGCAACAUGCAUACGGUAUCAUGGGGCACGCGAGAAGACCCGAUAAUCACGACGGAUAAAACUGGCAAAGGAGGAAAGAAUGCGGGGAAUCUGGAGGCCGGUGGUACCAUGCAGCGGAGUGGCAAUUGGUGUACGAGAUUGUUGUGUUGUGGAAGGGGAAGUGUGGAUCCGAUGGCGGUGUUGAUUAAUGAUAAACUCAAUGAUGUGCUCAAAAAGGUUGAACGUCUCGACCGUAAACACCACCCAUCUCUCAACCGUCGUGCAUCGAUCCUCUCCUCGACGGGCGGUACCAUUCAAAUCGAUAAAUGCUCCGAAGCGGAUGAAGAUGAGCAAGCGGAGAUCGAGGAUGCUCUCGAGAUGUCGAAUCAAAGUCAUGCGGCGAAGAAGAAUCAGAAAUGGAAGCAGGCGCAAAGUGAGGUUUGGUUGGCGGAUAAAGCGUUGAAACGAGCCGAGAGAGAGUACUUGGAACCGGAGGAAGAGUCGUUUUGGAAUGAUGUUAUUGAGAAGUAUUUGGCGCCGAUUGAUAUGGAGAAGAAUAAUAAGGAACGGUUGGAGGCCGGAUUGUUGGCAAUCCGCAACUCGCACACGGUCUAUUUCCUCAUGAUCAACAUCGUGUUCAUCAUCUCGGUCCUGGUGCUCCAGAUUCACAAAGACUGUCUGAAUAUCGAGUGGCCGUUGGGACCCAAGUACAAUCAUACCGUAAGACCGUGCUACGCGAGUCACGACGAUAAUCAGAGGGAGGAAGUUUGGGUGAUGACGAGAUUACAGUUGGAACCCAUCGGUCUCGUUUUUCUCAUCUUUUUCGUCAGUAUCCUGGUUAUUCAGUUCCUCGCAAUGUUAUGCCAUCGAUUCGGCACACUGGCUCAUAUCAUCGCUUCGACGGAGCUAUUCUGCUUCCGCAAGACUAUGGAUAGGCUUAGUGAGGACGAGUUAGUGGCGCAGAACGCUGUGGAAAUAGCGAGGGAGCUGCAGGCGAUACGAGGAAUCGAUGAGAAUGCGCAUAAUAUUGAUAAUCCAACCGAAGACCGCGGAAUCUCUCGCCGUCGUGUCGUCCAAAAUCUCGAAUCGUCGCGCCGAUCGAUGAUGAAACGAAAGACGGAGACGCUCGACGCGGCGUUCAAAAAGCGAUUUUUCGCCUUGUCAAGUGAACAAGCACCGGAUCCGGCCGGAUUUUCAGCCAGAGACAAUUCGAAACGAUUGACGUUGAGGAAGGGAACGAUUCGAGCGUUGGAGCACAGGAGGGACUCGUUAUUUGGAACGUUGGAUAAUCGAAAGGAAGACGAAGUGGACGCGACGUCGAUGCGAGGCCCCGCGCAGCGCCGUCUCGAACGCCUCUUCACCGCCCAACAAGACCAGCAGAGCCCGUCGAAUACCGACGGAAACCGCCGGAAAUCUGCAGGUGUCCGACCACUUUGGGAACAACCGACGACGGCUUCUGGAGCCGCGACGUCAUCUGCGGACGUCGAGUUGAGAAGAUUUUGA